GUUUUAUUUAGAUACCUACUAAAUAUAACAAUGUACACUUGUCCCCUCUGAACUGAAAAAUAAACAACCUAGAUUUUUGCGACAUUUCAACAAGGUCUAAAAUGGCGUCUUCACGUUUCAACAAUGCUCGCUGUGAUUGGCUAACUGAUACUAUAUGACCGUUUCAUUGGUUUUUGACGGAUUGAGUUUGACUGUUUACUUCCGGAGAAUGCUCACGAGCACCGUAAAGAGCUGAUCACACAGUACGUUGUUUUACCAACGUAAAUUAAAUCAGACUUUUAAUCGGUCACCAUGGCUGACAGUGACGGUGUGCCUCCCGGCGGGAGCGGUAGGAGUACCGAAGGAGAGGAGCAGGGAGGAGUAGGAGGCGGCGGAGGUGAUGAAGGUGGAGGAGGCGGCUUGACUGAAGCCCAGGGACAGGUGUUGGACAGGUGUCUGCACGCGCUCCAACACGCCAAAAACGACAGUCACACGUUAGCUGCUCUGCUGCUGAUAACUCGCUUGUGUCCGGCGAGCCAGCUGGACAAGCCCACCCUGCGGCGCAUCUUUGAGGCGGUGGGGCUCAACCUUCCGGCUCGGCUCCUGGUGACCGCCCUCCAGGGGAGCGAGGACUCAGGUUUACCCCCCUACGAGCUUCUCUCUCUGGGCUCGGCUCUGCUGGCUGCUCUGAGCACAGACCCAGACAUGGCGUCACACCCCCAGCUCCUCGCCACCGUCCCCCUCCUGAUGGGCAUCCUGGCCAAUGAGCCACUGUUGAAGCAGCAGAACCGAGCCAGGUCCGGUCCAGAAUACAAAGUCCAGUCUGCAAACGAGACAAAACCGGUGAGCAGACCAGACAGUGAUGAUGUCAGCGAUGAUGUCAGCGAAGCAGGAAGGUCAUUGGAGUCUGAGGAAGCGUCCCGGCUGGACGAGGCCCUUGCUGCUGACUGCUACCAGGUUCUGAUGGCCGUGUGUGCCUUACCCAGGGGCCCCGACCAGCUCCUGAGCAGGGGGGCCAUUCCUGCUCUGUGCCAGGCGGUGGACCAGAACCAGACUCUCAGCCAGCAGAGGGGGCUGCCCCUGUUGGGCCGCCUCCUCUCUGGUAAAACCAAAGACUGGGCCUGGAGCAGACACCUGACAGAACUCUGCACUCUGCUGCUGAGACGCUGCAAAAACUUCUGUCAGUCCUCGGACCAGAACCGACUUGGUAUGUGCGCCCAGCUGGUGCAGUUCCUGCCCCCAGCAGAGGUGGCAGCAGAGAUUGAGGAGCUGAGGGGGGCCUUGAGCCAUGUGUGGGUGGCGCUGAGACCCAUGCUGCAGGCCAAGCUAACACCCCGACAAAUUGGGCCGGUACUGGUGCUCAGCGCCUGCUUACUGGAUUUAUACGGGUGGGAACUGGUUGGACCACCAAAGUUCUGCUGCCUGCUGGUGAACCGGGCCUGUGUAGAGGUCAGGAUGGGUUUAGAGGAACCACCUGGGACCGACCUGAGCCCGGAGCUGCAGCAGACACUCACAGGCUGUUACCGGAUCAUGGAGGCUGCCAUCGAGCAGGCUUGCAGCAUGGGAGACGCACCGAGCGCCGCACCUCCCCACACCGCCACCUCUGUUCUCAACCUGCAGCAGAGCCGGCAGGUCCUCGGGAUCCUGGAGGAGGCCUUUUCUGCUGUGAUGUACCACCUGCAACAGGUGGAUCCCAGUCGUUAUGGCGACCCUUUCAUCUUCGCCACCUUCCGCUCUCUGUGCUCAUGGCUGGCUGAGGAGACUUCCUGUUUGAAGCAGGAAGUGACCCGACUGCUGCCGUUUCUGAUUGGCUACACACGGCGCCACCUGCAGGCCGGGAGCUCCGAGCAGGACCUCUCUGAUUGGAUGACCAAGAUGUCUGUGGGCGUGGGGAGCGGGGCCUGGACGGGCGCAGAGGCUCUGAGGUACCUCCUCCCGGCUCUGUGCCACCUGUCAGCAGAGGAGGGUCCCAGGAAAGUGCUGCUCACCCUGGACACCCCCGCCCUGCUGGUGGACUUCCUGUCCCAGAACUGGGUUUUCCUGAAGAAGAGGAGCGGCUCUGUGUGGUCCAGAGAUCCCAGCACCGAAACGGCGUGCUCCGCCCUCCUGAACUUCACCGUCACAGAACCAGAGAGAGUCAGGACCGACCUGUGUUUCCGGACCCUGGACGCCCAUCUGAGCGAAGCACUUCCCGUUCUGGUGAACAAGCCCCGCCUCCUGGUCCUGGCAGUAAAUUACUGCACUUUGGGCCUGAUGAUGAGCAGACUGCAGUCUCCUCCCACAGGCUCGGUGGAAGCAGGCCAGAGGCGUUUCCUCUCCGCGGCGCUCCGGUUCCUCCGUGGCGCCCUGGACUCCGGCUCCGGUCCAGUCCGGGUGAGCGUGGGCUGGGAGGAGAGCUGGGACGAAGCUGCAGAACUCUGGCGGUUAUCUCUGCAGGCUCUGGGAAGCUGCAUCCGGACCCAGUCCUGGAUCCUGGCCCUGCUCAGAGACGAAGGCUGGCUCAGAGACACGCUCGGCUUGCUGAGCAAAGGCAGCGUGCUGCCGGACCGCAGCACCGAGGAGGUUCUGGAGGAGGUGCUGUGUGCGGCGGUGGAGCGCUGCCCCGUCUGCAAGAAGGAGAUCUCAGAUGUGAUGAGGAGGAGUGAUGAAGGAGCUCUGAGCAGGAUGAGGAGUCUGAGGAAGUCGGUGGGCCUGAAGUGACCAGGUGGUCCAAACAGAGCCAGUAAACAUCGUAAACCAAAGCCAACUGAUGUCUUUAUGACACCUGAUCAAUAACCGGACAGCUGAUCAAUAACCGGACAGCUGAUCAAUAACCGGACAGCUGAUCAAUAACCGGACAGCUGAUCAAUAACCGGACAGCUGAUCAAUAACCGGACAGCUGAUCAAUAACCAGACUCAGGUGAUGGUUUAACGUGUCUUGGAGCUUAGAGAUGAGGACGAAAGUUUACUCAGAAAUCAUGUUUGUAAAUAAAUGUGUCAGAAACCUGGACCUGGUAGACCUGGUAGACCUGGAGCUCCUGGUAGACCUGGAGUGCCUUGUAGACCUGGAGCUCCUGGAGCUCCUGGGACUCCUUCCUUCUCUGUCCGGCUCUUGUAUCUGAAUCCUGAAUAAAGACUUAUUUUGACGCUU